GCCACUGUCAUAUUAGCAACAAAAUAAAUAACUACUUGAGUAUGUAAUUUGCAUUUGGCAAAAUCUAAAAAAACAUUUUAAAAUGAUUCUGAACAUAUGUGCGAUAUGGAGUGUUUUCUUUGGUUCUGCUCCAUUGACAAAUUUCUUCAACGUUCAAGUAGAUUACAGAAUAUUUUAUCCCAAUAAUCUUGCCUAUCAUCAAUUCAAUUUGAAUUCUUAUUCAGAAGUUACUUUUGACACAACUAAAAAAUAUAUAAUACUAACCCAUGGAUGGGUAGAUGGAUUUCAAAUAGACUGGUAUAACAAAACCAUUCAAGAGUUUACAUCACAUGAUGAUACAAUCAUUAUCGCUGUCGGUUAUGAAGAAGCAAUGAAUUGUAAAUUGUAUGUAGGAUCAGUUCUACUUCUUGAUGCACUUGCUGAACAAGUUAGCAGCCUCGUACUGUACAUGAGAUCCAUUGGAGUCCCUAUGUCCAACAUAGAAUUUGUAGGUCAUAGUCUCGGAGCUCACAUUGCUGGCAUAACAGGGAAAAAGGUAUAUAGCGAAAGUGGUUAUAAAAUAAGAAGGAUAUUUGCAUUAGACCCUGCUGCACCUUUAAUUCCUCCACUAAAGUUAAAUGCUAAUCAACGAUUAACUAAAAAUGAUGCUGAAAGAGUGGUUGUGAUUCAUACUUCCUUACUUGGAAGUCAGGCUGUAUUGGGACAUGUAGAUUUUUAUCCGAAUGGUGGUACCUCUCAAGGAGAAUGUGGCAAACAGUACAUAUCGAAUCAUCUUGCUUCAGCUUUGUAUUUCUUUUGCAGUAUAAAUGAUAUUUGCUUCAAUGUCGGUUACCAAUGUGAGAAUUACAAUAAGUUUAAAGCUGGACAAUGUUAUUCCAAUCCAAAUGCUCUGAUGGGUUACCACGUUUCUGAUUCUGCCGAAGGUGUAUAUUAUUUAGAUGUUGAGUGUUGAGUAAAUUUUGAGAUAUUGGUUCAAUAAAACUGUUGGUUUAGUUUGAAAUAA